GCUGGCCACAAGAAGUGGCGAUCUAGAGAAACGGGGAGCGUCCCUUCUGCUCCUCCCGACACGGGACCCCGACAUGGCGGCCCCGCUAGCCCAGUUCGAUGAGGAUUGGCAGGAUUUUAAUGAGUUCCGUCCUCAGUCCAGCUCAGAAGACGGCAAGAGUAGUUUGGAAAAGGUGAAUUCCAAUCCCGCUAGCGGCAAUCCCUGCAGCCAGGGAGGCCUAAGUACCCUGGAGGACCUGGCAGAGCUGGACAACAGCUUCACCGUGGACAUCAUGGGAGGUUUCAAGUCCAUGGAGGACCUGGUUAAUGAUUUUGAUGAGAAGCUCACCGCUUGUUUCCGCAAUUACAGCUCUGACACCGGGCACAUCGCCCCUGUCAGUCCCAUUAGUCAGGAAGGCAUCAUGAAAGAUGACGAAAUCUGGAACGCUUUGAAUGACAACUAUGGCAAUGUAAUGCCUGUGGAUUGGAAAUCCUCUCAUACAAGAGCAUUGCACUUACCAACAUUAAACCUUGUGGACAAAGGUACAAAUGACAGUUUAAAUCUUGACCUGUCUGAUGAUGAGGAGUUAAGAGAACAAUUAGACAUGCAUUCAAUCAUUGUAUCAUGUAUAAAUGAAGAGCCACUCUUCACAGCUGAACAGGUUAUAGAAGAGAUUGAAGAAAUGAUGCAGGAAUCUCCUGAUCCAGAAGAGGAUGAUAAUCCUUCCCAGUCAGACAGACUUUCUAUGCUUUCACAGGAGAUUCAGACACUAAAGAAGUCCUCCACAAAUGGUAGCUAUGAAGACAGGGUGAAGCAAAUGACUGUUACAGAGCUAAACAAUCUGCUGGAGGAAAUUGAGAUUGCCAUUAAGAAUUAUUCAGAGGAACUAGUACAGCAUCUGGCCUCAAGAGAUGAGCUUGAGUUUGAGAAAGAAGUAAAGAACAGCUUCAUUUCUGUCCUUAUUGAAGUUCAAAACAAACAGAAAGAGCACAAGGAAAAUGUGAAAAAGAAGAAAAAGCUAAAAAGUAACAGCACACAGAAUGGCAAGCAGGAAAGAAGUAAUUUACCAGGAACGCGCUUCAGCAUUGAAGGUCUGUCGAAUGUCAUACAGAAUAGCUUUCGCCAGACGUUUGGGAGUUCAGAUGGCGAGAAACAGUAUUUGACCACAGUUAUUCCUUAUGAGAAAAGAAAUACCCCAACUUCUGUUGAAGAUCUCCAGAUACUAACCAAAAUUCUCAGUGCAAUGAAAGAUGAUAGUGAGAAAGUUCCAACAUUGCUCACGGACUACAUUUUAAAAGUGUUGUGUCCUACCUAGCAAUUUUCCAUCUCCUUAGAAUGACCUCACUAGUGUUUCAGAAGAUGGAUUUUUCAUGGAGACAUGGAAGUCACUUAAAUAACCUUACAGAGGAUCUGCUUUCAUCUGCAUCCUUUCAGUUUGUCGAUUUGGUGUUUUGAGCAUGUUGAUAUGAUUAAUUAGCUAUUGCCCUUGUCUGUGGUAGCAGAGUGUUUUGAGCUCCUACCAUUGCUUAUGUAGACUACAUAUAAUCUUAGGUUGGAUAAUUUAAUGUGCUAUUUAUGAGAUUAGGACAAAUGUAC